UCCUCCUCCAGUACAUAACCCCUCUCUCUCAUCUGGUCUUUACUCUCUCUCACUCUCUCACAGCUUUCUGAUGCACUGAGACCGUGCAGAGCAUGUCCACAGGCUGUGUGAGGUCACUCUCAGACAAAGCCGAUCACACGCUCACCAUGCACGAGCAUCUUUAUGGGAAUGCAGACAUGGACAAUCAGAAGCUCAGCUCCGAGGAGCAUCAGCAAGACAAACUGACGCAGAAGAAACCUCGCAGAAAAGACACUCCUGUCCUCAACAGCCCUCCGCUCAUACCAGGCGUGAGAUUGAUGAAAACAGAAGCUAGGAUGAUUCAUCAGGAGGAGGAAGAGAAGGAGAUGAAGAAAUAGAUGUGUUUUAGGUCUCAAAAGCUUUUUUUCGCAUUUUUGUCAUCGUAUAAUGUCUGAUUGCUUUAUUAAAUGAAGGUCUCGCGUGUCAUCAUUGCUGUAAUGUAGAAACCCAACUUGCACUGAAGUUAAACACUUCCUUUUAAUCACAACACAAACAAUGCGAUGCUGAGGCUUGUACAAUGCAAAUGAAUUUGUAAAUUCAUGUCUUACAUAGCAGAGAUGAUUCAGUCAGUCUCUAGAAAGCUGUGAAAGCAGAAUUGUGGAAGCUGUAUUUUAUGUAUGUUGUAUGUGUUGUGUAGGUGUAUCGGUAUAUCGGUGUCUGGUAUGUACAGCAGGUACAGUAACUGGGUUAUAUUUGGUAUAUGCAUAAAAAAAAUGUUUUAGGACUGUUUGAUUUCUUGUGAUGUGAUUUUCAUGAUAAUACCCAAUUCCCCGUACAAAUAUUAUUCUCAAUACUGUAAUGUGAAGAUAUAUCUGCAUCAUGGCAAGUAUUUGUUGUGUUGAAUUUACGCUAAAUAAAUAACUAUAAAUAAGUAUUUUAAAUAAAUCCUUCUGUC